AUGGCUUUCAAGCUCAUUGCUCUGGUUUCCUGCUGCCUGGCCGCCGUCUCCGCGGGAAUUAUCCCUGUGGAGCACCACGAACAGCAGCCGCAGCUGUACCAGGCCCACCAGCCGCAGCAUGUGAUCUACCAGAAGCAGCACGAGAUCCAUCCCCACGGCCACGAGGUGUAUCCCGACGACCCCCACCCCAAGUACAACUUCGCCUACGAUGUGCAGGACGCCCUGUCCGGAGACUCCAAGAGCCAGGUGGAGUCCAGGGAUGGCGAUGUGGUCCAGGGCGAGUACUCACUGGAUGAUGCCGAUGGCUUCCGCCGCACGGUGAAGUACACCGCUGACUCUGUGAACGGAUUCAAUGCCGUCGUCCACCGCGAACCCCUGGCCCAUGUGCACCACAAGGUGGUGGCUGCUGCUCCGGCGGUGCCUGUUCAAUACCACCACGCCCCUGCCGCCCCCGCUGCCGUGAUCAAGACCUACUCCGCCCCCGCCCCCACUCAUGCCUAUGUGGCCCCCACCUAUGCCGCCCCCGCCUACACCUCCCACGCCUACACAGCCCCUGCCUACACCACCCACCAGGCCGAGCAGCCCCAGGAACAGGAUCACCAGCAGCACCACUACGCCAGCUACGAGUCCCCCGCCCACUCGCAGGCCGCCCACGAAGGUCACGAGUACUACCACCACCAGUAAGGGGCUCCCACCGCAGAUCACCUGACAAGCGAAAGUAUUAUCCCGCAUACAUCCCACAACGAGAACUCAUUUAGCCCAUUAACCUAGUUAUGUUGAUUAGUUUUAACCCCAAUGUACAUAUUUUCAAUAAAACUUUCAAAUACCUAUAUAA